AUGCUGACCGAAAAUUCAGCCGUGACCCAUGCCAACAAGCCGCCAGCGAACGCAAAAAUCAUGGAAAAGGAUUUCGGACGAGUUGUGUGGAUCGCCGAUGCCGAUGAGGGCUUCCGUCUCGCCACCAUCAAUGAUAUCGCGCAUGAUGGAUUCACUGUCGUCGUCGACGACACAAAACAGACGGUCACACGCCGCUACGAUGAAACAUUUGCGUGCGAGGAGGAUCGUACAAAAAUGGUCGACGACAAUUGCGCGCUGAUGCACCUCAAUGAGGCCACACUGCUCAACAAUUGCCGUCUACGAUACGCGAAUCGAAAGAUUUAUUCAUACGUCGCCAAUAUACUCAUCUCAAUUAAUCCGUAUGAGCAAAUUGAGGGAUUCUACUCGCCGGAAAUGGCCAAAGCAUAUCGAGGAAAAUCAAUUGGUGCGCCUUUAAUGUUAUUGAUUACCAAUAGCAGGAAUCUGGGCAGUGUGGCACUUGACCGUCGCUUAGAGCAGACCGUCAGCGGGCAUAUUUGUGCGAGAAUUGGGGCGCCGAUGCGGGACCAAUUCAACAGCGUCUACUCGAGAGACCUUUAUAAUCAUUUGGCAUUGGCGCCGCCGUCGCAUUUUAAUUAUUUGAAACACGGCUGCACCGAUUUCUUUGCUCAUCCGAACGCGUCGACGUCGAGAAUCGAUGACAGUCGAGUGGAUUCGAAGAAAUUCUCGCGAGAUUCCAUGGUUGACGAUUUUGCCGAUUUCGAGCGCCUGUGCAACGCGCUAAAAUUGAGCGGCCUCGAUGAAAACCAACAGACAUUCAUUUGGUCGACAAUCGGCGCGCUUUUGCAUUUGGGCAAUGUCGAGUUCGAGGAGAACGCGAACGAUUCGCGCGGCGGAUGCAAAGUAAAGGGUGAGGCCGAGCCGAGUCUGAUGAACGCGGCACGAUUGCUCGGCCUUGAGCCGGACGAGAUGAGAAUGGGCUUGUGCGCGAGAAUCAUGCAGGCGACGAAAGGCGGCGUCAAAGGGACCCUGAUUCGUGUGCCGUUGAAACCGCACGAAGCGGCGGCGGGUCGCGACGCGCUCGCGAAAGCGAUCUACGCGAAAAUGUUCGAUUGGCUCGUUGCCAAUGUGAAUCGCAGUAUUCCGUUCGAGAAGAGCGCCGGCUACAUUGGUGUGCUUGAUGUUGCCGGAUUUGGUAAUUUGGCGAAUGUCGAUGAUUUUAAAAAGCAGCGAAAACGAUUUUCAGAAUUCUUCGCCGUCAACUCGUUCGAGCAAUUCUGCAUCAAUUAUUGCAACGAGAAGCUUCAACAAUUUUUCAACGAGCGAAUUUUGCGUCAGGAGCAGGAGUUGUACGCCGCCGAAGGGCUGAAUGUGACGAGAAUCGAGUAUUCCGACAAUCAGGAUUGCAUUGAUUUGUUCGAGCGCAAAGCCACUGGUCUUUUUGAUCUACUCGACGAAGAAGCGAAAUUGCCACGCGCCACGUUCCAGCACUUCACCCAGCGGGCGCAUGAGUCGAAUCCGAAGCAUUUCCGACUUGACACGCCGCGAAAAUCGAAAGUGAAAUCGCAUCGCGAAAUGCGCGACGAUGAGGGACUGCUGAUACGGCAUUACGCGGGAACCGUGUGCUACGAGACGCGUCAAUUCGUCGACAAGAACAAUGAUCAGCUUCACAAUUCGCUUGAGAUGCUCGUUGAGCAAUCCACAUCUCCAAUUUUGGUGUCGCUUUUCACCAAUGAGCCAACCGGACAGGUGAAGACUGGCGGCCGAUUGAAGGCGGCGAGUGUCGGCAGCAAAUUCAAAUCGCAACUCGCCGCACUCCUCGAGAAACUCGCCCAAACGGGAACCCAUUUCGUUCGAUGCGUGAAGCCGAACAACGAGAUGAGACCGUGGAAAUUCGACGGCGCCUCGAUUCUCGCGCAACUUCAAUGCGCCGGCAUGGCGUCGGUGCUUCGGCUGAUGCAGCAAGGGUUUCCGAGUCGAACAUCGUUCAACGAUCUUUACAUGGUCUAUCAGAAGAAUCUGCCGCCGCAUUUGGCGCGACUCGACGCCCGCCUAUUCGUCAAGUGUUUGUUCCACGCGCUGGGUCUCGACCACAACGAUUUCCAAUUCGGCCUCACCAAGGUGUUCUUUCGCGCCGGCAAAUUUGCGGAAUUCGAUCAGAUGAUGCGCCAAGAUCCGGAGACGAUGAAAGAGCUCAUCGAGAGAGUCGACGCGUGGCUCAUCAAAGCGCGCUGGCGAAAAGUCCAAUACGGCGUGUGGAGCGUGUUGAAAUUGCGCAACAAGAUUCGCUAUCGACGCGACAAAAUUGUGAUGAUCCAGAAGAUGAUGCGCGGAUUCCUGACGCGGAAACGAUUCCAAAAAAGACUUGGCAUCUAUCGAAAAGCAUGUGCGCUACUGGAUAAUUCGAGGGAGAUGACCGAUAUUCUUGCUCGAAUGAACGAAGCGAGCCAGGAAAAGUGGAGGGCGACCGCCGAUGGUACCACACGGGACCUUGAGAAUCUGAUCGCCUCGAUUCGACAAACCGACAUGCAAUCGGAAAUCGACAAAGCGGUUGAAGCGUAUGAGGAAUGUGUGAAGCGUGUUGAUAUGAUAAUUGCCGAUUUGAAGCAACAACUACAAUCGGAUGAGCUGAAGGAGAUGGAACGCAAGAGGGCCGAGCAGGAGGAGCGCGAGCGACGUGAGCUCGAGGAGAAGGAGGCGCUCGAGCGAGAAAAGGCGGUGAAGCGAAAAAUGGAAGAAGAUCGCGAGAAAGCGCAAAAAGAGUAUGAAGCGCAAUUGGCGGCGAGUCAGAAGAAGGCUGAAGAGGAGCUCGCGAAGAAGCGGGACAAGGAGGAACGCGAACGACUGGAUUCGGCGGUGUCGACGAGACUCGCGACAUGUGAUGGAAUCGCGCUGGUGACGAAUGAGGCGUCGGUGACAAUACUUGAUUUCAGGGAAAUUGCGCAAAAACCGAAAUCGAAAUACGAUUUGACGAACUGGAAAUACGCCGAUCUUCGCGACGCAAUUAAUAGCACUGGAGACAUGGAAUUAUUGAUGGCGUGCAAAGACGAAUUCCAUCGACGCCUUCGAAUUUACAACGAAUGGAAGGAGCGCAAUUCGACGAAACAUGAUUUGCCGCCGACGCGCGCGCCGCUUUCCGUAUUUGGCCAACAAGGCGCGUCGACGAGCUCGCUGUCGAUGGCGGUGAGUCGGGCGACGAUGGCGCCGCAUCUGAAUCCCGCGUUGACGCAGCAGCGAUAUUUCAAAGUCACAUUCCCGAAUCGAUCCAAGAACGGCGCCACCCAAUAUGGAAUGUGGUAUGCGCAUUACAAUGGCCAGUACAUUCAACGCCAAAUCACCGCUCAUCCGGGCCAACGUGUUCAGCUGUUGGUCGCCGGCAAAGACGACAUGUACAUGUGCGAGUUGCCGCUCGAGCAGACGGGUCUCACUGUGAAGAAGGGCGCCGAGAUCACGGCGAACGAUUUCGAGACGAUGUGGCAACACUAUGGCGGCGCGCCGAUCGCCAAAUGGACGCCAUAA